GUAUACAGAUAGGUGAAUUGUUUGAAAAAUACUGUGUUUUUUUACACGCGAAACAUGAACACAUGUUAUAUUGCACACUGUAAACACAAUCAAAGCUUCAAAAAAGCGCAUAAAACUAAUAUAGUCAAAGCAGAACAUUUCUCACAUUAUCACAGUUUAUUAACUAUACUUUAGAUAAUCCCUUACGAAAAAUAACCAUGGUUUUAUUAUAGUUAAACUGUAGUAACCCAUGGUUUUUUGGCCCAUGGAGUGUUGACUUCCAUUUGUAUAAAAACAGAUUUACUACAAAUACCAUGGUUAAACUAUGGUUAAUAUAGCAAAACCAUGGUUAAUUUGAAGUUACUAUGGUUUAACUAUAGUAACCAUGGUUUUUUGGUUUUAUUUGUAGUAAAACCACGGUUAAUUUUCAUAAGGGAUGGCAACAAAAUAUGACAAGAAGAGUCAACAAAUUCAUCUUGAUAAUGUCAGAUAACUUUGAUAGAAAGGUAUAUACAGUAAUGGAUUACUAUCAAUCAAAAAUUCAGACAACUGUUAGUAUGAAUAUAAUUACACAAUUAUCAAUACUUUGUUGACCAAUUACCAAGCAAAGCUUAAUUUUGUUCAGUCUGUUAUGUAAAAAGGUUGUAUUAGCAAUUAAAGAAAAAAAACGCUAAGGCUAGUCAUAGUCAGGUCUAGUAAAAUAAAAAAUAAAAAAUUAUACCUGGUGUUUGAACAAUUUUUGUUUUAACUGUGGAAUAAUUAUUGUUAAAUCUACAAAGUAAUUCAGUCAAGAGCAGUGAGUGAUUUUCUUUCUUUACAUUAAGGACAAACACUGCAGAUUGGGGUGGUCACUUUAAGAGACAGUGCAUCCAAUAUAAGGAAAUACAUCCGAUUUCUUUGUCCACUGUUUAUUUUCAUUUAAGACAUAAAUCUUUUUUGUGUAAUUUUUUUUCUCUCGAGAAUACCCUCCAAGAUGGGUGUUUUGACAUAAUUUUGUAUGUAUCAGCCGUGGGCCCUUAUAAUCAUCACCACCUUUCACCUCACUAGCGAUGGCCCUGUUUAUUGUACAAUGUCCAAUUUUUUCUCUGUAACCAUAUACAAAGUCAGAAAGUGUAUGAUGCUUAGUGUUUUAAAAUCUGUUCAGAUUACAAAGUUGUGUAGAGUUUUUCAACCUGAAUAGCUUCAACAAACAAAACUGAAGCCUAAAAAUAGCAUUAACAUUUUGUACAAAUAAACAUGAGGAAGUCACUUUGAAAAAGCUUCUGACAGCCUUAAGAUGCAACUGAAACUUGUUUGCAAAUGCAGGCAGUAAUUCAGUCUGAGUAUAUCAUCCAUGCAAUGUCUUUGUGGUCAUGAUAUAAUUUAUUCUAUUUAUUUCUUAUCGCCUUUUCACAUGUGACCUAAAUGACAGCGUCCCUGCAGCACACAUGCUCACUACCUCCCACACUGUGUGGUUAAAAUAACUACACCUCACUGGUUUCUCAGUGCACAAAAGAAGUUAAAGGCAAAUGAGGUAUAGAGGAUAUUUGAUUUAACCAUUUGAUGUCCCUUAUGCUUUUAGACUGUCACAGCUGCAAGCCAUGGUGUUACUUCUCUAUUGUAGCUUGGACAAUGAGUAACGCCCCAUUUAUAUUUGUCCAGUGAAUGGAAGAAUGAAAGAGAAGAUAAUUUGUGAUUGGCUCUGGAUGAACAGAUAACAUUGUUUGUCACGUGGUAACUGCAUGAGAACACAUAGUGCUCUUGAUUGCCAUGUCUUAAGCUUUGAGUUAUUUUUAUUUCAGUCUACAAGACAGGUGCUAUCUCUGUACUACAUCAUAUUACUCGAGCUUGUGUCUGACUUGACUAAAAUUACGCAGCUACCUCAAACCAACAUCUCUUCUUCAUUUGCACCGUCAUGAGUUAGAACAGCAAGUGUCUGCAAAAUACAAAAGAGGAUGCCGUUUCUGAAAUUCACCAUGAUAUUAUCAAAGUGUUACGCUUUGACAACAUGUGUGUGGAUGCUUCUUUCUUUGUUUCCUGUGUUUAUAGCUGGACAUGCAUUAUUUAACGGUAUCUCGAUUCAGACGGUCCAUCGAGGAAUGUCAGUCAAUAUCAGCUGUAACUACAAACCAUCAAAUGACAGUGAUGGUUUCAUAGUAGAACUGCAAACUAAUAGCACAUUGUGCUCAGUGAUGAAAAAUAACAAUUCAUGGAUAAAUCAGUCAUGUAGAAAUCACAGUAGAUUUAUUUGGAUUCAGGAAACUGUGCAAAUGGCAUUUGAAAUAUCAAAUCUGCAGAUAAAAGAUACUGGCACUUACAAAUGUGUUGUGACAAGAACUAUACCACCUCCUUCUGUGCUUUUGAGAGAAGAAACAACAUUUGUUCAAGUGAUUGCACACCCAGUUGUGUCUGUGUCAGAUGUAAGUGCAUUGGGUGGAAUAACCACGAUCCUGUGCAUCUCUGAGGGGUUUUACCCUUCAGCUCUAGAGCAGCUGUGGAUGAGAAAUGGAGCAUUUCAUAAUGCCUCAUUCACAAACAGCACUGACAAAACCAACCCUGAUGGAUCAUUCACCCUCCAUUCAUACCUGAAGAUAUCUGACCGUGCACACUACUCGUGUUGGGUAAACCACUCAUCCCUGAGCCAACCAGCAAUAGUCCACGUGUCUCCUGAUUGUUACGGAGACAGAGAUAAAAAUGUAUGGAUAGCUCUGGCUACCUCUGCGCUGCUGAUUCUCACCAUACUGAUUAUCACGGCUGUGUGAAGAGCACAUCACAGGUCUCCUGUAAGAGUGAAUGUCACACCUGAGCCUGAUCUCCAAUCUCACCUGCAGUAUGACCUAUAUUCAUUGUUGGGUGACCAUCAUCCAGUUCCAUGCAGCCCUGUCGGAGUCCGCUCAUCUCCACAGUGAACACCAAAUAUUUAACAUUGAUAGAUUUUACAUUGAUAGACAUCCAGAUCCAUUUCUUGUAUGUAAUAUAUAGUUUCUAUAUGAUUAUUUAACCUCCCAUUUUGCUGCUUGUACUGUAUGUUGACAGAGUAUAUGACACAUACAAAAUAUAAGGCGUGUGAUCUUUGCCAGCAAAGGGAUACUCCACCCUCAAUUGAAAUCUUUGUCAUUAAUCUCUUACUCCCAUUUCAUUCCAAACCCAUAAAACUCUUUUUCAGCUUGGAAUAAAACUGAACCCUGCUUGCUUUCAAAGCAAUGCAACACUGUUAUACUAGAUUUGUCUGAUCAAUGAAGGGCUUAAAGAAGACAACUGUUGUGACUGGCUUCUCACUGGAUGGAUACUGAUCAACAAAACAAAACUGUUAUUAAGGAGGCCUAUUUUAGUGAUUGAUUAAAAACAAAUGAUUUUCAAUAAGAGACGCUUUUCACAAACCGUGAUAAACACGUAUCCUAUACAAAAUAAUUAAUGUUGUACGUUUUAAAUACAUAGUGUACAUUUACACUAGCUACACUUUCUGUUAGCCUACGCUGAAGUUCAAUUACAAAAAUGUUAACGCUGCUCCGAUGAGGUUUCUAAUAUCUAGUGCUGCUGAACUUAUCUUUUUUUCUUCUGGCUGUUUUCGUUCGUAUAAAAUUGCCAGUCAUAUAAAAAAAUAGAAUAGUAGACCAGUAAUGUAUCACAUUUCUAUCUUUGUUUUUUAUUAUUAUUAAUUCUGUCCUGUCUCUUUAUGUGUUUAUAGCUGGACAUGCAUUAUGUAAGAGUUUAGGUUCAUCAACGAAUGUUAGUCAAUAUCAGCUGUAAUUACAAAUCAUCAAGUUACAGUGUUGGUUUCUUAGUGGAACUGCAAACUAAUAGUAUAUUGUGGUCAGUGAUGAAAAGGAACAAUUAAUGGAUGAAUCAGGCAUGUAGAAAUCACUGUAUAUGCAUUUGGAAUCCAGAAACUGUGCGAAUGGCAUUUGAAAUAUCAAAUAGAAAGUAAACCAUCCAAUUCACUGGAGACUGCUUAAGGUGUUCCCCAAGGAUCUGUCUUGAGACCCCUUUUAUUUACCAUUUAUUUAAACAGUCUGGAGUAUGACAUUCAAGAUGCUAACCUUAAUUUUUACGCAGAUGAUACUAUCAUGUACUGUAGUGCUUCUUCUGGGCAGCAAGCCUUGUGUAAGCUUCAGUCAGCCGUUUAUAUUUUCAGGCUCAAAAACACUUGAAAGUAAUUUAUUUAUCUUCAGACCUUACAAGGUACUGUGAUUGAAUUAGUAAAAUAGUACAAAUAUCUUGGCAUCAUUGUUGACAAAGUUUUAUCUUUAUUUGACUUCGGAGACGCAAAGUAUCAGUUUGCACCUUCAUAUCUUCUGUUUACUUUAGAUGCAGUUUAUCAUGGUUCUCUAUGAUUUAUAUCAAACUUUAAACCCUCAACUCAUCAUUGUGCCUUGUAUAACAGAGUGGGUUGGUCCUCAUUGUCUAGUAGGAGAAAAAUGCAUUAGUACUUCAUUAUUUACAAAGCCAUCUUGGGGAUGUUGCAUUCUUAUCUUUCCUGUCUUGUAAAACAGAAAACUGUUGAUAAAUAUUUUCUGCGUUCUCAAAACUAUAGAAAUUUGCUGUCUUUGGAUCGAUUUCAAGAAAUCACUUGGCAAAUGUAAGAUAAAUCAGUGAAAUGCAGUUGUUUUAAGUCUUUUAAGUUUGUUUGAAUUGUGUAAGUCUUUGAUGAAACUUAUUGUUGCUCAUCUUGGCCAUGUCACUCCUGUAAAAGAGAUUUUUAAUCUCAGAGAGUUUUUUUCUGGUUAAAUAAAGGUUAUUAUUAAAACAGAAA